AUGACCAACGAUUCCCCGGAGGAGACCCGAGCUCCGGGCGGCGGAGGAGGAGGAGGUGGAGGAGGAGGAGGUGGAAAAGGAAACACACGGAGGAACCGGGCGGACGACAAUGUCACCAUCCUGACGUCCUCCAUGGACCUGCACAGAGCCAGCCGGAGCCGGGCCAGCAGCAGCAACGAUGCCGCCCCGAGCAUCACCUCCUCCCUGGAGCUCAGCAUCCAGACGCGGAUCUUUAAGAUCAUCGUCAUCGGGGACUCCAACGUGGGGAAGACCUGCCUCACCUUCCGCUUCACCGGCGGCAGCUUCCCCGACAAGACCGAGGCCACCAUCGGCGUGGAUUUCCGGGAGAAGGCGGUGGAGAUCGAGGGGGAGACUAUCAAGGUGCAGGUUUGGGACACGGCGGGCCAGGAGCGCUUUCGUAAAUCCAUGGUGGAACACUACUACCGCAAUGUCCACGCGGUGGUUUUUGUGUAUGACGUCACCAAGAUGACUUCCUUCCGCAACCUACAGACGUGGAUAGAGGAGUGUAACGGCCAUCGGGUCUCAGCAUCAGUACCUCGAGUCCUGGUGGGGAACAAGUGUGACCUCGUGGAACAUAUACAGGUGCCCUCCAACAUGGCGCUGAAGUUCGCCGACUCCCACAACAUGCUGCUGUUCGAGACGUCGGCCAAGGACCCGAAGGAGAGUCAGAACGUGGACUCCAUCUUCAUGGCGCUGGCCUGCCGCCUCAAGGCCCAGAAGUCCCUGCUCUACAGAGAUGUGGAGAGGGAGGACGGGAGGGUGCGGCUCACGCAAGAGACUGAAACAAAGAGCAGUUGUCCUUGUUGA